AUUUCUAGCUCCCUUUGUCUAUUUCGCAAAAUACCGUUACAACAAAGAAACACGCCAUUCUCAUUCUCACUUCUCUGCGUAGAAUCCGGUCCCAGACAAAACACACUCACACACUCUCUCUCAGCCACUCCCACACACACACUCACUUUCUCCAUUCACAUCUCCAUCCUCAAAACGCCGUCGUUUCCCGAAGGCCUCGCAUCUCCAAGUGCCGAAGGAGCAGUUGAAGCCUCCCUCCUCCGCCCAGAUCCGCUUCCGCUCCUCCUUGGACCUCCUCGCCGCCGAGCUGGAACUCGAAUCCGCCGCCAUGCUGAAGCGCUCCGGGCGCCCCCCGCCGCCGCCGGCGGAGUCCCUCUUCGACAGGAUCUACCAGCUCCGGGGAGCCUUCCUGAUGGUGGCCGUGCCUCUCCUUCUGGUGACCAUGGUGCUCUACUUCACGCCCUCCGCCUCCUCCAACGAGUCCAUCGAGGACUACGCCCUCACGCACCGCAAGGUCUCCCCCGAUCGGAGGCCCUCCACCUCCUUCGCCGUCAUCUUCGACGCCGGCAGCUCCGGCAGCCGCGUCCACGUCUUCCGCUUCGACCAGAACUUGGAUCUCCUUCCCAUUGGGAAGGACCUCGAGCUCUUCCUACAGAUUAAGCCUGGUUUGAGUGCGUAUGCACAGAAUCCACAACAGGGAGCGGAAUCUUUGAUGUCUCUUUUGGAUAAAGCGGAGAGUGUUGUUCCUCGGGAGUUUCGGCCAAAGACACCUGUUAGAGUUGGGGCAACUGCAGGUUUAAGGGCUUUGGGAGCGGAUGCUUCUGACAAGAUCUUGCAAGCGGUUCGGGAUUUGCUUAAGCUAAGAAGCACUCUAAACUCUCAGCCUGAUGCAGUAACUGUGCUGGAUGGAACACAAGAAGGUGCUUUUCAAUGGGUGACUAUUAACUAUCUACUGGGAAACUUGGGAAAAGAUUAUUCAGAAACUGUUGGGGUAGUUGAUCUUGGAGGUGGAUCUGUUCAGAUGGCAUAUGCCAUCUCUGAGACAGAUGCUGCCAAGGCUCCAAAAGUAUCAGUUGGAGAGGACCCAUAUGUCAAGGAGAUGUUCCUAAGGGGAAGGAAAUAUUACCUCUAUGUUCACAGUUACUUGGGCUAUGGUUUACUAGCAGCUCGUGCAAAGAUUUUAAAGGUUUUGGAUGGUUCUGGAAACCCUUGCAUCUUAGAUGGCUUUGACGGAUCUUACAAUUAUGGAGGAAAAUCUUUUAAGGCCUCGUCCUCCCCUUCUGGCGCAAGCUUGAAUGAAUGCAAAAGCAUAGCUCAUAAGGCUCUCAAGGUUAAUGGGUCAACAUGUACACAUAUGAAGUGCACUUUUGAUGGGAUAUGGAAUGGUGGUGGGGGUGAUGGACAGAAAAACCUUUUUGUUGCCUCAUUUUUCUUUGACCGGGCAGCUGAGGCUGGUUUAGCCGAUCCAAGCUUACCCGUUGUGAAGGUUCGUCCUACGGAUUUUGAGGAAGCAGCUAAGCAAGCUUGUCAAACAAAACUUGAAGAUGCCAAAUCCACUUAUCCAAGUGUGGAGGAAGGGAACCGUCCAUAUUUAUGCAUGGAUCUCGUAUACCAGUAUACUUUGCUUCUUGUUGGAUUCGGCCUAGAUCCAUGGCAAGAAAUUACGUUAGUGAAGAAAGUUAAAUAUCAUGAUUAUCUUGUUGAAGCUGCAUGGCCCCUAGGCAGCGCUAUAGAAGCUGUAUCAUCUGCAUAAUGACACCAAUAGAAUAAUUACUCACCUCAAGUCUUGUGGGGUGAGUUCUAUCGCAAGCUUUUUUGAGGUGAAGUUGCCUCCAUUCAUGAUGAUCAGAAAUUGCUAUCAGGUCAAAUUGAGAUUAGAUACGGGGCUACAUUUCAAGAAUAACUAGCAGAUAGCUUCAUUAUUUUCAUUUGUAAUUAUUUUACUAAAAUAUCUUAUUUACAGCUUCGGAACUCCGAUCCAAUUCAUUUUGUAUUUGUUCAUCUAUUUUUGUAGUCGUUAGAGAUGAACAUGACGGUGAUGGUGGUAGCAUUCUUUUUUUAUUCAUUCCUGAUAAAAAAAAAAGAAGCAAGUGUUCUUUGCUUUCUUACUUCUUGA